AUGGGAGCUAUACAGAAUGUCCCAGAACACCCGGCCGGCUUCUAUAGCACCGAUAUGAAGCAAAUAGAAACCUACUUCUAUAGCACCGAUAUGAAGCAAAUAGAAACCUACUUCUAUAGCACCGAUAUGAAGCAAAUAGAAACCUACUUCUAUAGCACCGAUAUGAAGCAAAUAGAAACCUACUUCUAUAGCACCGAUAUGAAGCAAAUAGAAACCUACUUCUAUAGCACCGAUAUGAAGCAAAUAGAAACCUACUUCUAUAGCACCGAUAUGAAGCAAAUAGAAACCUACUUCUAUAGCACCGAUAUGAAGCAAAUAGAAACCUACUUCUAUAGCACCGAUAUGAAGCAAAUAGAAACCUACUUCUAUAGCACCGAUAUGAAGCAAAUAGAAACCUACUUCUAUAGCACCGAUAUGAAGCAAAUAGAAACCUAA